GCUAGACCGAUAGUGGAGGUUCUUGUGGAAAACAAGCCGAGUCUUUUGUGAGACGGCUGAGCUGAGACACAGCACACAGGGAGCUCCUUCUUACUUCAGCAAAUCCAGCAAUCCAGCUCCUGUGAUCAUGUUCUAGCACCCUCUUGUGGCACAUAAGGACAUGGUGAUCUCAAUCUGCCAGGCUGUGGUCACUUAUGUGCUCCUUCUGUGGUUUGUAAGAGUGACUGAUGGGAUGCCUGACCCUGCUCAGAGGGACCUGCUGAUGCGUCAGGAGGCAUCCAGACAGACGGGAGGCCGGGUGGCGUUGACAGCGGCCGAGCAGAAGCUGGACGCUUACCUCCAUCAGUUAAAGGAGAAAGAGAUGUCUGCUGCACAGUUCCCCCCAGCUCUACACUACUUCAAAGCAAAGCCUCACAUCCAGAAGAGUUCAAUCUUCAAACUGCUGCAGAAGAUGCCUAAAGGUGCAGCCCUCCACAUCCACAGCUCCUCUCUGGUCAGUGUUGAGUGGCUGGUUAAAAACGUCACCUACAGGCCACACUGCUACAUCUGCUUCACGUGGGACAACUCGGUCCGCUUCUUGUUCUCCGACCGCCAGCCUUUCCCGCGGUGGGACUGCUUCUACUGGCAGCUGCUUGAGACCCUGAGAGCCAAAAUAGGAGACCCUAAAGGCUUUGAUAACAGUUUAAUGCAGCACCUUACACUAUUUACCGAGGAUCCAGAUGGGGAGUACCCAAGCCAAGAUGUGGUUUGGGAGAAGUUUGAGAAAGCUUUUAUCGCAGCCGCUGGACUAAUCACUCAUGCCCCAGUACUGAAAGACUAUUUUUAUAAGGGCCUAGGGGAGCUUCAGCUUGACAACAUCAUGUAUCUGGAACUUAGAAGUGGCCUCUCAAGGACGUAUGAGCUUGAUGGAACCAUUCACAAUAAGGUCUGGACUCUGAAAACAUUUCAGGAAGUUACAAAGAAGUUUAUAGCAGAUCAUCCAGACUUUCUCGGGGCUCGUAUCAUCAUUUCUGUUCACAGGGCUCUGGGUGUAUCUGAGGUCAAAGCGGCCGUGAAAGAGGCCAUUCAGCUGCAAAAGGACUUCCCAGAUGUUGUUGCAGGAUUUGACAUGGUUGGCAGGGAGGACAGUGGGAGGACUCUUUGGUACUUCAGGGAGGCACUUUCUCUGCCAACUGAACUCGGUGUCACGCUGCCAUACUUCUUUCACGCAGGGGAGACGGAUGAUGAAGGCACCGACGUAGAUCAAAACAUUCUUGACGCCCUUCUCUUCAACACCACACGCAUUGGCCACGGCUACGCCUUGGCACACCAUCCACUUGCCAAAGAGCUUUCUAGGAAAAGAAAUGUGGCUGUGGAGCUGUGCCCCAUCUCAAACCAGGUGCUGAAGCUGGUAUCGGACCUUAGGAACCACCCCGCAGCUGUGCUGAUGUCUGAAGGCCACCCGAUGGUGAUCAGCUCUGAUGAUCCGUCCCUGUUCGGCACCACAGGCCUCUCCUACGACUUCUAUGAAGCCUUUGUCGGCAUCGGAGGGUUGAAAGCAAACCUGGGCACUCUGAAAGAGCUGGCUGUUAACUCUAUCAGGUACAGCUCCCUGCCAGCUCAACUGAAAGACACAGGUUACGCCAUGUGGCAGAGAAAAUGGGAUGCCUUCAUUGUUGAUCAGUCAUGACGGCGACACAAACAGAUCCUGUUUGCUUUACUUUAGCACUAUUAUGUAAAGACAUAAUUUAAGUCAAACAUAUUGGCCAUUAGCGCCUUCAUUUAAAUUCAAUGCGACAUGCUUCACUGGAACUACUGUUUGUCUGUAAAGAAUAGGCUGAAAAGAGUUUAACGUACCCUGAGGGAUGUUUUGUCUGAUAUAGAAAGGAAGGUUGGUGUGUUAAACUCUCAGGGAGUUUUGUUCUUUUUUUUUUAAACGAACUUUACAUUAAACUUGCGUGCUGAUGAGAAAAACGAUCGGUAGGUCAUUUAGGAUGCUCUGGGGAGUAUUCAAAAUCAUCCACAGCAUGACAGAAUUUCACACAAAAACUAACAGAAAAUAAUAUGAGCACCCUUUUGUACUCAAUAUUUUGUGUCACAAUGAUAAAUUACAAAUAAAAAAAACUAAGAAUAAAAUAAAAA